AUGCCAGAACUAGAGUAGUUAAAGCAUAACUCCAAGGAGAAUAAGUAUCAAACUAAACUUAAAAUUAGUAAAAUUCUAUUAAUUAAAUAAAUAAUUGUAGAUAGAAUGGGAAUGAUUUAAUGUUGUGAACAAGAAAGACCUAAGCAAAAAGUAGAUAUAGACGCAAAAAUUCAUGGAUAUGAAUUUGCUUUUCCAAAUGGCAUUGAAGAUUAGUAAGCCAUAGAGUAUUUUAUCAAGAACUGGGAUCUAAAAGAAGCUCAAGAAAAUGCCAUUGAAGGGGGUAAAAAGGAAACAAAGCGAUAAUCUGUUAGGCAAAAGAUAGAAUAGUCAAGAUCAAAAGGAGGUGGUAGUGGAGCUAACUCAGCAAGAGGCACUGAGACAAAUAAUCUUCGUACUCGGCUAAGUGGUGUCUUAAAUCAGAGACUACGCGGAUCAAUUACAACUUUAAAUAAUUUGGAUACCCCUUAUCAAGAAAAGAGAUAAAGCUCUUAUGUAAAGAAAAACUCUCCCUUAGCUAGGAAGGAGAUUAAGAAAACUUCCCAGUAGAUGGAAAGGUCUAAAUUCGAUAAUAACCUGGAGGAGGAAUUUAAGUUGGAUGAUGAUAAAGAUGGCUUGCCUAUGUGUAUGAGUGAGUUGGAUCCUUCCAAGAGUUCUAAACCAUUAAAAUAACUGCUCACUCCAUAAGAAGAUAUAAACCAAACUAAGGGCUACUUUAACUAUCAGAAGAUGAAUACAGUGAAGGAAACUGACUCAUCUCGCGAGAAGAGCAAGCUCUACCCAACAGAUAUCCUAGUAUCUCGCUUAGAUUGA